GGCCAUGUUCGCAUUCCGUUGCUUGGAAAUACACUAUUAGCACGUGGCGUGUGCUCGCAGAAAAUUCGCGACUAGUCGACCAUCCGGUGAGUCGGAAACCUUCUUGGAUGCGUCCAGCCGAAGCGCGCUACUCGUCGCAAAUCGAUCGUAGCCUCGCGAACAUUUAACGACACCGUAUCAGCGAACUUCCAGUAACGGCAGCUACCGUGGACUCGCACUAUGAAUUCUCCAAUUCAUGUACAAUUAGUGAAAUGGACGGUCCCGGCAGUGGCUCUUGUCAUCGCUUUCUUUUGGUACAAACGCCGUCGGAUAGACAGAGCUGAACUUCAAUGGAAUGAUACAGGGGGAAUCGCGAAAUCGAAUCACGAAGAAAAAACUGUUCUGAGCGAUACAAAGGAGGCUGACACGAGCUGCAACAACUCCAGCAUUCAAGAAGAGAUCGGUCAAUCCUCGAUCGACUGCUGUUACACCCCACGAGAACAGUCAUCUCGUGUCCCAAGGAAGGUCAGCGAGAGUGUGGACAUCCCAAUUAAGAAAUCAACAUCGCAAUCGUCUUUUUGUAGCAGUAGUCAGAUGAGAUGCAUGGAGACUGACACUAUGUUCAACAUGGAUGUACAGCUGAGCGGCAAUCCGAACGCUAGCUACUUUGAACUGAUCGCCAGGAGUCAGAACGUACCCUGCGAGUCAGACAGUACAAUCGUGGACAACACAGCGGAGAUAUUUCAAGCUGUUGUUGACAAAAAGGAAGAUCUGCAUCGCGAGACGGAGUCACAAAAGUAUAUCGCGGACGAAUAUCAUUAUGAAGAGAAUAAACAGCAAGUUGAAAUACACACCAUCGAGACUCAGGGACAAGAGGCCGAUGAAAGAGACUCGGCCAAUCACAGUCCGGUUUCCGGAGUUCUGGAAGGCAGCGUCACAGAUGAAGCCAGGAGUGAAGGAAGCACUACGGACAGUGGAAAAGGUGGAAGUAUCAACGGAUGCAGGAAGGAUAAUACUGUACCAUCUAUCUAUGACUUUGCUAUACCACAACAUCUGGUCGGUAGAUUGAUCGGCCGUCACGGUAGCUUUUUACAAAGUAUCCGUACAAAGGCCGACGUCAGCAUAUAUGUAAAUGAUCACCCCUGCGAUGGCGAUCAUAAGAUUUGCUCGAUACGAGGAAGUGUUGAGAGAAUUAACGUCGCGCUUAAAAUAAUAAGGCAAAAGUUCCCAGAGAAAAGGUUUCCAGAAGUAACAUUAGAGGAAAUCUCCACGAUACCUGAAGUAAAUGAGGAGGUUCCAUGUAACAUCCCUUUGAUACGCUCCCUGUCCCUAAUUGAUAGUGUUAGUAAUGACGUCUAUGUCUCUCACAUCGUCAAGCCGAACUGGCUCUUCGUUCAGCUUUCGACUCACCCAUCGUUCCAUCUUCUAGAAAGCUUAGAAGAGAGCAUGACGUGUUGGUAUAAUAACGCAGAAUUACCGCCAUCGGAUGUUUUCAAUAAGGGCGAUUACGUGGCUGUAAAUUGGAACGAAAAAUGGGUCAGAGGCUAUAUUGAAAAACUAGACCCAUCGGGAGAAAAGAAUAUAGUGCGAUUAGUCGAUCAUGGUGGCUACUGGGUACUUAACAACUCGCAAUUUAAGCCGUUGGUGAUGGAUUAUCUGAGUAGUUUGCCUUUCCAAGCGAUCGAAAUCUUUAUAGCGUAUAUCCAGCCAAAAAACGGUGAGUGGUCACCAGAAGCUUACAAUUCGGCAUAUCUUCUUUGUAAAAGCAAUGGGAUUGGUCAAGCUGUCAUUGAAUACCGUAUUGAAGAUAACGUUUAUACCAAUAUUUAUUUUACUGUCCAAAAUUAUGGACUGAUUUCCCUUGCUGAAGACUUGUUACUGAAAGGCCAUGCAGAACAUGUACCAGGGGAACAUACGAAACUAGAAACACUUGAAUCCAUCUGUACAUAAGAGUUGUAAGAAACUCUACCAUUCUCAAAUUUCCUACCGAAUCAUAACGCGUAAUUCACAAUUCUUAGCCAGUAUUGACUAGAAUCUAGUGUAAUCGCCAUCGGUAACCCUUUAACUGCGUUAAACUGUAUUAUUUUGUUCUUUGACUUUGUCUGAUAUUUACUGCGUUGAAGUCGCCGUGAAUACCUUGACGUACAUUCUUCCUUUAAUAGGUUGAGUAUCUACAUAGAAACAUAAUAAGUAAAAUAAUGCAGUACAUAAAAUAUUCUAAUGUGAAUAAGAAAAUUAUAUUUCAGUGUACACAGAAGGUAUACAGAAAUCUUAAUCGCGUUUAAACAGCAUUUAUAAUACUCCUUUAAGUAUUGCUCAGAAAGAACGCGUCCUGUAAGCAUAGACUCGUGGAUUCAAACGAGUUCUGACAAGUACAAAGGAUUUGAUUUAAUCCGAUAAUAUAAGAAUUCUUUUUUAUAGUAAUUGUUUCUAAAUUGUAUUGCCUCUCAAUUUUCUCUUUUUUACUUGGAAAACUUGAAAUUUUUCACAUUUAUAGUUAUUUACAGGACAAGUCUUUCAAAUAGCUUCAAGUAAGCACUCAGGAAUCUGCUUUUGUUGCCUUCAUUGUAAAUGUCUCAAGACUGUUGCAAAGAUAAAUGCAAAAAUGUCAUGUUUUCUCUUCUAAAUCUCCAUUAUACUUUUGUACAUAAUGUAAAAUAUUUUUUCAAUUGUUUAUGUAGAAUAUUUAUAUGUAGCAAGUGAGAGAAAACCAUAAAGAGAAAAUAUUGCUAUAUAAUGUUAAUCAUAAAAUAAAGUAUAAAUAAUGACUGGAUUUUACUAAAUAGUGUCACACAUCUUAAGUUGAAAAUCGUAUCGGAUAACUCAGACGAAUCUGGAAAUUCGGUUCUACGUGACUCAUAUCCAUUUCUGAUUGUAGGCGAUUCGGUAAUUCAUUAAAAUAUAUAUCAUUGGUUUAAUUUCGCGUUAAUUUUACAUUGUAUCAAACUCGUCGUAAAAAUUAUUGUUAAAUGUGAUAUUUCAUUUAUUAUCCCGCGUGUUUUUUCAAAUUAUUUAAACGUAGUUGAGCUAAUUUAUAUUCAAACGUUAUUUUUCAAUAACAUAUAUUUUGUAAUGUAACUUUAUUAUCGUGGUAUAAAAUAAUUAUUUUAUGCUUAUACUAAUUGUUCUCUUAAACUGUAUGAUGUUUGAGAUAUUUUUUCGGCGUUUCAAGACUAAGCUUUUGGAUUAAUCCAAACGUAUAAUGUGUAUAUUUCAUUGUUUACUAAAAUGUCUAUAAUUCUAUUUACGCGAUUUGCUAACGCUUUUUUUCUAUGCAAGAUUUUGGUAUAGUAGAACUUGAUUAACUGAAAAAAAUCUAUUUCUUAUGUAUUGAGCUCAAUUAAAAAUGUAAUUUGGCAAUUAUAAAAUGUUAAUAUUGUUGAUUGAAAAUAAUAUAGAAAUAUUUUUCUAGGAAGAUUAUAUAUAUACGUAUAAGGUCACAGUCACUCUAUAUCGCUCACAAUGUAUAUGCUUUUUCGCGCGCUGCGACUAAAACGUUAUAAUUUAUUAUAUUUCUUUACAUUAGCAAUUCGAUAAUAUAGCGACAAUAUAGCGCAAUAAACAUCGUCACGUGAUGAUCAUUCAUAAUUAAUUAUAUCUUGUACAUAUAAUAUAUAAUUGAUCGCAAUCUUUGACUUAAAUUUUGUACACUGCUUCAUUAUAUAUAUAUAUAUAUUAAAUCAGUAAAUUAUAAGUUAUUUUGUAUAUAUACAUUUCAGUAUAACUUUUUAGAAGUUAUCAUCAAA